GUUAGGCCGGACAGUAGAGUGUUUUUGUGAAAAGUCGGGCUCACCUCGCACAGGGCGAAUGACAGAAACAGACUGAACAGUUUUCAGUGGUUGUUUUCUGUUUGAAUUUAUGAAAUAGAUCGUUUAAAGUUUCCAGAAAUGGGACCCGGAUAAAGGAAAGAAUAUUCCAGAAACACCGUGGACUACGGGUUUCGAAUGCGGGAAGGAGCUUAGCAGCCGGGAGUAGCAGAAGGAGUCGCCGGCCAUUGUGUGUCAGAAACGGAAUUCUCACCAUACUGAAGCCCCGUCCCCAUCCCUUAUUUGCCCACUGAUUCUGUUCUGGGAGAGUUCAGACCAGUAUCAUCGCCAAGAUAGCCGGGCCAGGCAGGAAGAGGCACACCUCAGAUCCAGACCCCAGCAGCGGUAGUGAUUCCGGCGACGGGCGGCCUGUUAGUGCCAAGUGCCUGAAGAUGGCCAGCAGCGGUGGUAGUGAGACAGUGGGCCGUCGCGGUGGGGCUCAGCAGAGAGGAGGCAGCGGUAGGGAUAACAGCUCAGAACUGUCCUCCAGUACCAGUAAGAAGAAGCAGAAGGACAGAGCUAAUCAGGAGAGCAGAGAGGCCAAGAGGGCAGCAGCAAGCGUUGCAGCAGUAGACGGGGUCAUUGCAGAAAUCAAGAAAGAUGUAUUUGUGGACUGGAAGCAAAAUGUCAAUGAAGUGACUGUCCGACUGCGCUGUGGGGAGGGAGUGCAGAGGAUAGAGGACAUCAACACAACCUUCACUGAUACACACUGCCAUGUGUGCUUCCCAGAUGGGCGGCAGUGGAGCUGCCAGUUGCAGGAGGAAAUCGAGGCCUCGUGUAGCAGAGUCCAGUACAAGGAGAAGGGAGGUUUCCUGCAUGUCAUCAUGCACAAGAAGAUUCCCUUUCACAUCUGGCCGUCGCUUAAGUCAAACAAGAAGGAGAAGGCGAAAGAGGCUGCACCCACAGAAACCAAAAAGGAUAAGGAACUGGAGAUAAAGACCGUUGCCUUGGAGUCAUCAGAGAAACCCAAAUCAUCCUCUGGGCAGCCACAGCUUCAUGCCCAGCCUCCCUCCUCACCUGCACACAGUGAGUCAAGACGCAGCGGCGGCAAAUCUGAGCGUGGUGUCAAGCGCUGUCUGAAAAACAAACCAGCGUGCGACAAGGCCACUAUAGACUCUGUAGCGGUGGAAGGUGGAGCUGGAGAAGGCUCAGCCUCCACCAGUAAGCCUGUUAGCGUCACAAGAGGCGAACAGCAGCCUCCGGAACCUAGUGCCAAACGUACUGUCAUACGGCUUCCCAAGACCGCUAAGGAGGCUACGUCACCUGCUGACAGGGACACACACUCUCUCAAGUCUAAUGGUAAAGCUCCAUACACACACCUGCCCGCUGGUCGGAGCCCACAGACACAACGCAGGGAUGGAGACAACAGAGCAGAGAGACUAGGCAGUGGUCAGGAACAGAAACCUGGAGUUGCUGUCGCUGCUGCCAGCCAUACCAACAAAACUCAGGUGGCAGAGAAACAAAACCAGUCUUCAGACAGGUCUGGAACAUCAGCACAUGGCAAUGAAAUCCUAUCAGCAGCUCCCAUCAGCACCAGUGACUCCCUCAAACCUGUCGACUUCAACACCGAAGUGGACUCUGCUUCUCCUGCAAGGCUGGUUGAUAGAACAGACUCUGAGCCAGAGAAAAAACCUGUUGAGCAGGAAUCAGAGCGGGAUACUCUGAUCUGCCAGCAGCUUGGGUCAAGAGAGACGGUACCGGUACCAGCUGUUGAUAUGGCUGCCAAACAUGGCCUGUCACCCUGUGCACCCCAGAGGCAGGGCAGCUCUGACGGAGAGGAGAAGCGGGAUCAGUCGAAGGAGGAGCCCUCUCUGGAAAUUAAGCAGCAAGAAGCCCCACAGCCGAUGGUUAACCUACAGUUUGUGAAGAAUGAUUCAUACGAGAAGGGCACGGACCUGAUGGUGGUUAAUGUUUACAUGAAGGGGAUCUGCAGGGACACCGCCAAGGUCAUCUUCAGGGAACAGGACUUCACCCUCAUCUUCCAAACAAGUGAUGCUAACUUUCUGCGGCUUCAUUCAGACUGUGGACCAAACACAGUCUUCAAGUGGCAAGUCAAACUCAGGAACCUGAUCCAGCCUGAGCAGUGCAGCUACUCCUUCACCCCGUCCCGCCUGGACAUCACCCUGAAGAAGAGACACAGCCAGCGCUGGGGAGGUCUGGAGGCCCCUGCCACACAAGGUGCAGUGGGUGGCGCCAAGGUCGCCGUGUCCUCCAGCCCUGCCUGCAUGGAGAAGAGCCAGCCAGGCAGCAGCCAACACAGCCUCCCAGCCAAAGAAGAGCCUCCGAGGGUCGGGGAGGAGAAACCUAAGGCCCCUAAGGCCUCAUCCAGACUGGAGGAUGGUGGUCUGGAUACCGUGGCUGCUCGCACCGUCUCUGAGCAUGUUGCUAUUACCAAGCCAGAGCCCACGGUUACUACUCCUAAGCCUACCUGCAUGGUGCAGCCCAUGACCCAUGCACCUCCUGCCAGCAAUGAGCGCCACGAGGAAGAGGAGGAGAAGAAGGUGUGCCUGCCUGGUUUUACAGGAUUGGUAAACCUCGGCAACACCUGCUUCAUGAACAGUGUUAUCCAGUCCCUGUCCAACACCAGAGAACUCAGGGAUUACUUCCAUGAUCGAGCAUUUGAGGCAGAAAUAAACUGCAAUAAUCCUCUGGGAACGGGAGGCAGGCUAGCCAUUGGCUUUGCAGUGCUGCUCAGGGCCCUUUGGAAAGGAACACAUCACGCCUUCCAACCCUCAAAACUCAAGGCAAUUGUGGCCAGUAAAGCCAGUCAGUUCACAGGUUACGCCCAGCACGAUGCCCAGGAGUUCAUGGCUUUCUUGCUGGACGGGCUCCAUGAGGACUUGAACCGCAUCCAGAAUAAACCAUAUACAGAGACAGUUGACUCUGACGGACGUCUGGAUGAGGUGGUGGCAGAGGAGGCAUGGCAGAGGCACAAGAUGAGAAAUGACUCCUUUAUAGUGGACCUCUUCCAAGGCCAGUUCAAAUCCAAGCUUGUGUGCCCCACAUGCUCCAAGGUGUCUAUCACCUUUGACCCUUUCCUUUACCUGCCUGUCCCAUUGCCUCAGAAACAAAAGGUGCUCUCAGUUUUCUACUUUGCUAAGGAACCUCAUAAAAAACCCGUUAAGUUUUUGGUCAGCGUGAGCAAGGAGAACUCCAGCACUGCUGAAGUCCUUGAAUCCAUUUCCAGGAGUGUGAGGGUCAAACCAGAGAAUCUGAGACUCGCAGAGGUGGGGAAGAACCGCUUCCAGCGCAUGUUCCUGCCGUCCCAUUCCCUGGACACAGUGUCCUCCUCCGACAUGCUGUUCUGCUUUGAGGUGCUCUCCAAAGACCUGGCCAAAGAGAGAGUGGUAUUGCUCAGAGUGCAGCAGAAACUCCAGGUCCCUAAUAUCCCCAUCUCAAAGUGCGCCGCCUGCCUGAAGCCUCCAGUGUCUGAGGAGGACAAGCUGAAGCGGUGCACUCGCUGCUAUCGUGUGGGCUACUGCAAUCAAGUAUGUCAGAGGACCCACUGGCCCAAUCACAAGGGUCUGUGUCGACCCAACACGGAGAACGUGGGCCUGCCUUUCCUGGUCAGCGUGCCAGAGUCUCGACUCUCGUAUCCCCGCCUUACCCAGCUACUAGAGGGUUACUCCAGGUUUUCUGUCAACGUGUUCCAGCCUCCUUUCCAGUCCGGCAGGACAUCCCCUGAGACAUCUCAGUCCCGGGUAGACCUCCCCCCAAUGCCAGCGAGCUCACCUGAAGGCACUGGGUCUGGGGAUGAGGCCAUGGGUGGCAGCAGUGCUGUAGGAGCAGGGGAUCUGGAGCUGGAGAGCCCGUCUCUUCUGCCUGAAUCCCAGGCAGAGUACGCUCAGGCCUCAGCCUUCCACUCUGUGGAGUCAGAUUCCCUCUCCUCCUCCCAGACCUCUCUCUCCACCACGCGGACUACAGAUUCAGGAUUCUCUGAGGCAGUCUCUACAACUUCCUGCUGCUCACUGGACCCUCAUGCUGAGAAAGAGACGUCCUGUGAGAAGGCAGUGCGGCCAGAAGCUGCAGUAACAGGGUACCAGCAUCCAAGUGAAGCAGCAUCAGGUCACGCCAGUCAGUUCUACAUCUCUCUGCUGGACUCUAACAACAAGGAACAGAGGCUGGAUGAGAAAGAGGACUUGCUUGCGGACCUCCCUGAAGACGUGACCCUGGAGCUGGUGUGGAAGAACAACGAGCGUCUGAAGGAGUACGUCCUGGUGAGCUCCAAGGAGCUGGAGUAUGAGGAGGACCCCGGCUCUCUGAGUGAGACAGCCAGAGCAGGACACUUCACCCUGGAGCAGUGCCUCAACCUCUUCACCAAGCCAGAGGUGCUGGCACCAGAGGAGGCAUGGUACUGCCCAAAGUGUCAGCAGCACCGUGAGGCCUCCAAGCAACUGCUGCUGUGGCGUCUGCCCAACGUUCUGAUCAUCCAGCUCAAACGCUUCUCCUUCAGGAGCUUCAUCUGGAGGGAUAAGAUCAAUGACAUGGUUGACUUCCCUGUCAGGAAUCUGGACCUGAGUAAGUUCUGUAUUGGCCAGAAGGAUGAGAUGCAGCAGCCCCCUAUCUAUGACUUAUAUGCAGUCAUCAAUCACUAUGGUGGAAUGAUAGGAGGCCACUACACGGCCUACGCUCGCCUACCAAGUGACAAGAACAGCCAGCGCAGUGAUGUUGGCUGGCGUCUCUUUGACGACAGCACCGUGACAAUGGUGGAGGAGAGUCAGGUGGUGACGCGCUACGCCUACGUCCUGUUCUACCGACGACGAAACUCCCCCGUGGAGAGACCUCCACGCUUCCUCAGGCCCGUGGGAGCCGAGUCGCCCACUGGUGCAGGAGCUACUGCCAGCCAGGCCUCUCUAAUAUGGCGGGAACUGGAGGAGGAAGAGGAGGGGCUUGACGAAGGCCCCCGUGGACUGUUCGGCUCUGCGCUGUGGAGGCGUCAAACGCAGAGGAACAGAGAUGAGGAAGACGAAGACAGAACUGAAGGCUCGGUGCGACGGCACCACGGGCAGAGGAUGUCGGACUAUCCCGACGAUGACUGCGUGCGAUAUUUUGUUCUGGGCACACUGACUGCAGUGUUGGCUCUGGUUGUCAAUUUGGUCUACCCUCUUCUUUACAAAGCCAACUGGACCUGAGCAGUGGCUGGUUGCUGACUUACUUUGGCCAGGGGCCACUCAGAAAUAUGGUGGAGUGGUUAGAUAUUAGGUGGAGAGGAAAAAGAGCAGAGUUACUCAUCCAUCCUUCUUUAGCUGGUAAAAUGGUCCUCCGUUCCAUCCAAUAGCACAACACUCAGCGUGUUUGUAUCACUUUAUAUGGCUCAGUCCUUUACAAUAUGUAUAAAAUACACUAUUUCACACAGUAAAAGACACUGAGAGUCCUGCAGAGUGUUGAAGAGACAGCAAAGGAGACUUCAUAAGAAAGCUUUGUAGUUAAAGCAGCAGUAGAGCGACUGUCAGCACACAGUACUGGAACACUGAGUGUAAACAUUUCAAACGUGUGCUUUGUUUGGACUCUUGCUUCCAGUGCACGUGCACUUUUCAGUGAGGUUGCAGUUUUUAGAGUCACUUUUUUAACAGUGGUUCUCAGAUGAUCUGUGAGCCUUUAAUCUAUUACACCUAAGCUGCAGCGUUUAUUACUGUGAGAUGUGGUUGAAAGCUCACAGAAAAUGCUUGUAAAUAGGUAUUUUAGUUAAGAGUCUUUUUUAUCAGAGAAGCUAUGUAGUUGUACAGUAAUAUAUAAAACGUGUAUAAGCUGAGCAUUAUGACAGAAUGAUUCCAGUGCAAAAAAUAAUCCUUCUCUAGAGCGACACAUGAAGCCACUAUUAAAUGCCUUCUUUUGUUUUAUUGCACUACACUCUUGAGUAGAUAAGACUGGUAGCUGAAUAGAGUAUGUCUGAGAAGAGGCAGUUCAGCAGUGUUUCAUUUUCUAAACGCUGUCAUGAAGUAAAGUGUACCUUAUAUUUUUUCUUUGUGACCAAUUGUUGUUGCCUUUUCCAUGUCCUUACACAGAACACACUUUGAUUAUUGGGCCUUAAAAUUGCUGUUUGUGUCCAGCCACCGCCGUUUGUUUUGUUUUUUUUUGUUUUUGCAGCAGUAUGUACUGUACUUAUCUUGGAUUUUUUUAUUUCUAUACAUUUUUUUUUUGUUUUUAUUGAAAAGACUGUCACAAUCUGUUUUAGUUGCUUUUAAUUGAACUUUCUAAGCCAUAGCCAGGUGAGGAUUUUAAGUUCUCAGGAUGAAUUGUCAUAAAAUACAAUGACAUGUUACUUUGUGUCUUUUUAAAAUCCUACAAAAGAAGAUGAGAAAUUGACUGACGAUGCAGUCCGUUCACAGUUGAGAGAUGAGGCGUUACCGUCCACUUCUGAAUGUCAGAGGAUUUGAUUAUGGGCAGUGUUGGACCUGUUUACACCUGUAACGUACAGAGUAUCUAAAUGUUGUCUUCUUCUUAAAAUACACUUUUUUUGUUUUUACUGCUUUUGUUUUAAUUUGAAAACCCUAAAAGACGUUCCUCAUCACAUACGCAAGCUUAAUAGUCUGAGUUGUUUUUAUUUAAAAUGUUUUUCGUCUUAGACCCCAAACUGUCUGUAGGUGAUGUCUUUACUCUGCGGUCAUUGUGAGUGAGCAUUUAGGUCUCAGGGAAAUCCCAGUUAUCUUCUGGUAUCAUGGCAGAGUAGAGCGACCUAGGUUUUGCCUUAAACGCUGAGCAUAGCACCGUCCGACUGUGGAUACUUGACUCCGAUAUAUGCAACACUGAAGUCCAUCUAGUUUCAGAACUCUUGUGCUCAACGUGCACUACUGUGGUGACGAACUUGAAAGUGUGAAAGUUUCCGGUAGCUGAUAUAAACAGCAUUGAUGAGGGUUUCACAGAAGAAUUUUAGGGAGGGUUUCAGGACAAGCUUUGCAGUUUGUAGAACAUGUAAAUGCUGCUGGGUUUUUGUGAAGUUGACUGGAUUUAAUGGAGUGAAGGAUGAAACUAUGUGUAUGUGUAGUCUGCUACAUAAUGUUCAUUGGGAAGAAUAAUCAUGUGUUUUGUGAGGAAACAAUGUAAGGUCUCUUUCUAUAUAAUAUACUUUGAAUCACUGAGUUGUUGACAUCAUUGCAAGUACUGUAUUUAAAAGAUUAUAACCAACCUAAUUAACCUGCAAUAAUGUAUUUAGAUACCUCCAUCCAAAUGCUGCUUUCUAAUACAUAAAGCAUUGUACUCCUUUUGGAAAUAAACUCUCCGUCUGUUUAUAGUCUUCAUGUACGUUAUUUAAGUCGGGUCACAUCCUCACCAUUUUCUCCAAACAGAUGAGAUCUCCCAGAAUACUAAAGCAGCAUGAUUUAUUGUUAACACUGGU